UAUCAUUUGAGAUUUUAGCGCCUGUUCCUUGCUGUUUCGUUCACCGCACAACCUGUCCAGAUUAAGGGAGCGGAUGAAUGAAUGGCUGCUGGUUGACGCAGGAGCAGUUUCUGCUGUUGCCUCCAUCACAGCUUUUGCGUUUGAACCAGAGAACAAGGGCGAAUGAGGAGAUACAUCACCGCCCCUUCGUGCUUGGUUCGCUGGUCUGAUGUGUGAUUUCGCAGCCAACCAGCGCGAAAUAUCCGCAGACUCGACGGUAUCCAUGUUGACUUCAAUUCCAAACAACCCAGAGGGUACAAAAAGCUAACACCUCCGCCUCUUCCGCGCAACGACCUUCUGUCCUGCGCAGCUGAUAUCUCUGUUUUUGGACGGCUUCUGCGCAAGCAUUGCAGGAUCCUGUCCCCUCUUCCCCUUAAUCACUGCCAAUCUGUCAUGAAGUUUUGGCAAAACUGGUCGCAAACCAACACUGUACCCCCGCAGAAGCUCCAUCUCUCGUUGGCCCUGGGAUUUCAUCAACAGGACAUGUUUGAUCGGCAGUAUUUGCCAACGGAUUUGGCUGUUUUCUCUGGCUCCACAGAGUCCGUAAUUGAUAGGCCGUGUCGGGAUCAGGAAGCCCUUCAUAAUUGUAGAAGAUACAGACAAUGACAAGCGCAAUACGAACUAGCCGUAUCCUAGAUUCCCAUCCUAUGUAAAAUAAUAUGAGUAAGCUAUCAAAACAAGCCGCUGAUGUCCGCCGCUCCCUUUUGACUAAGGGAGCAUGCACCGCCACAUACCCGCCCAAGUGGCUGAUGGAUGGCUAGUGACUCAGCCACACCCCUCUCAACUCCGCAAAACAAGCUCCGAAUUCGAGAAAGGAUCCAAUAUCUGAUCACAAACAGGCUAUCAUCGCUCGCUGCGCACCAACCAGCACACAAGUCGCAUUACCAUUCACUCUCCAAGAGCACAGUUCCCGCAAUCCGGAAUAACUGGAGCCACCCCCCUUCCCCAUUCCCCCUUCGCCUGGCCAUCCCGCAUAUCCUUCCCUCUCGAUCGCUCUUCCGUCCCCGAAUCCCGCUUCAGUCGCAAAUAGGAAACAGACGGGCGGGGAAAAUAUGCCUCGACUGGUUACUACGGUGAAAAUGGUGGGCGCAGGAGCGCUGCUCUGCAUUGGCGGGCCUCUCCUCGUCGAGUACGUGCGGCCAACAGAGGAGGAGCUGUUCCAGAAAUUCAGCCCGGAACUCCAAAAACGGAACCUUGAAACGCGUGAGCAGAGACAGAAGGACUUCGACACCUUUGUGACGCAGUUAAAGACGCAUGCGAAGUCUCAUAAAUCCAUCUGGCACGCCAUGAAGGAAAACGAAGCCACGAGCCGGAGACAACUGGACAUGCGACGAAAGGAGGAACAGGAAGAAGCGGAAAGGCAAAAGGCCCAGAUCAGAAAGGAACUUGCCGAAGGAUCGUAGCUGGGCUCGUUUUAUUAUUUACUCCGCCUCCCUUCUUCCCCCGGACGCCUCAAAAACGAUUUACGUCCGCUUUUUUUUUGAGUUUUGUGGACUGUUGACGUUGUCCAUCGUGUAUCAUAUCACCACCUCACACCACCUAAUUAUUGGCACAACAAUUGAGCCUGGUUCACCAGGCAAGAAAGGGACUCCUUUCUUCAUCAUCACCAGACCCCGUUCUUGAUGAGAUGGGAGAGUUUUGCAUCGCGUGGGAAAAACUACUUAAAGGAGUUAUGGAGUUUU